ACAGUCUGAGAACCUACCAGCUCGAUGUCGCACCUUGUUCGGUAACGACUUUACGAUUACAACUAGCAAAAAGACAGUUUGGUUGGAGCUCAAAUUAGCGACACAUUAGCAGCUAUAUACGAGUGUGUUGACAGCACGGACGGAGCGAUCUGCAGCAGAAGCACAUACUUACGGCUCAAGAACAAAGCAAACGUCCAACAACCCUCGGUGGGAAACAACCUACUGAGUCGUUCGGCGGUGAGAGACCAAGGAGGAACCGUACAAUGAGGCCGACAUGUGUCGACAGCGCGUCGCUGUUCUCUCGGGUUAGACGGGCCUCACGACUCCAUCUAGCAAGGGCUCACUUAAGUCACGUUUUCAGCCCUGGAACCGCCUACAAGCCACCACACAGGGCAACAAACCAGCGUUCAGACGGAAGGAAAUAACUUGAAUUACCGGAAUAAAUGUGUUUAACAGCGUUUACAAUCUCGUUGUCCGUGUGACGCUCCUCCGCGAACAAAACUGAGGCGACGAAGCAAAAUGGCGACAGGGAUCAUAGGCGUCCCGGGGGCGUGGCCAGCCAGCUCUGACGCAACAUCCGCAACGCCGCUCUGGCUCCUCCGCCGGUGUGCGGCGUCACGUGACAGACGCUGACGCUCCGGACACCGAGCCGGGCUCCUGCUGGGUCCCGCCAGAGGUUUGGAUAUAAGCCUGGCGAGGAGGUCUGGGCAGCGCCUGAGACACGGAACAAGAACCUUUGUAAACUCAGCUGACUGACCAUUGAACUAGGAUGGAACAACAGAGACACAAGCGCGCUGCAAGAUACUGCGGUCAGACGAAUGAACUCGGCUCUCGUGGUCCUCCACAGCUGCACACAGCCCUUACACGUAAACAACGUGCCUGUGAUUUCAUGGAGUCGACUGGAUGAUGAACGGAGUUUGUUUUUCUUCAUGAAUCCGUGUGGGCCACACAGGCUACACACAGUGUUCACAGCGCAGGUGGUUCGCGUGGUGCCUCUCCUGGGCUCAACUUACACUGACGUGCUGCGGUGGCUGCGGAGCGCCUCGGUCACCGCCCGGAUCUCCACCCAGGAGCCAGUGAAACGAGCCAUUCUUCUGGACCGUGGGCGUGUCGCUCGUCCCUGGACUCGCCGGACUUUGGUCUUCAGGUCGGACGCAGGUCAGACUCCCGGCAACUGUCUCUCUCCCCCCGUGACGUGCUUCAGAACAUGCUGGCCGGACUCGCGCUGGACCUGGGGCCUCUGAAGGAGCCGCUGGGCUUCACUCGGCUGCUGGAAUGGGUCUUCACCAUCUUUGCCUUUGCCACCACUGGAGGCUACUCCGGAGCCACCCACUUCUCAGUCCGCUGUACCUCCAAAGUGCCUGUGGAUGUGGCCUUCGGAUACCCGUUCAGGUUGGCGGCGCACUCCUACAAGAUCCCGCUGUGUAACGGCACGGAGCUCACCAGCUUCCUGCAGGGCGACUUCUCCUCCUCGGCCGAGUUCUUCGUCUGCGUGGGCGUCUUUGGCUUCCUCUACUGCAGCGCCACGCUGGUGCUGUAUCUGGGCUACCAGAGCGUCUACAGGCAGAGCUCCCGCGGCCCCCUGCUGGACCUGGUCCUCACCGCGGCCUUCGCCAUCUUGUGGCUGGUGUCCUCCUCGGCCUGGGCCAAAGGUCUGACUGACGUGAAGUGGGCCACAAACCCAGAGCACCUGGUGGAGAUUUGCAAAGACACCUGCGAUCCUGGAGACUUUCCUUCCUUCGGUCGCCUGAAUGCGUCAGUGAUUUUCGGGUUCCUGAACCUGAUCCUGUGGGCGGGUAACUGCUGGUUCAUCUACAAAGAGACUUCGUUCCACAAAGAUCCGACCCCCCCCGGUGGCAUGGAGGAAGGAGGAGUCCCGGGUCCCUGAGGGAUCCUGGUUGGUUCAGCUCCUCACCGUGACCUGGCCUCUCACAAGUCUCUUUACUCAUCUUCAUCUAAGACAUUUUCCACACUUCCACCUGACCAUCUUCUGUGACCCUGCAGGUCACAGACACGUGGCUAGAAUUCCACUCUGUGCUCUCCUUGAGUCCUAAUGCUUAUUGCUCUUCAGGAUGGACAGGAUCUGCGUCCUUCUCGUACUGUGGGAAGAUUUGACUUGGCGUUGAUGUGUCGCUUCUUCUUUCUGGUCAGGUGACUGUGUGAUUAAGAUUCGGUUGCCGUCCUGCUCCAUGAUUUGGACCUUUGUCUUUCAAUUUCACUGCUAACUUGCUUUUGAGGGGACACCAGACGGACUGCUUGACUCCACUUCCAAGCGUUUUGCUCUCCUGGCUGCAGGUUGAAGCCGUGCCUUCACCACGCGCCACUGUGCCACAGCUGCUCUGUCCGUCCGUCCGUCUGUCUGUUGUUCAGGCUGUGCUGGCAUGAACCCUGGUGCGCACGUGAGAUGUCACGUGAGGCGGCUGCAGGACUCCUGUCCAACAUGAGGAAGGCUCCGAGCCGCCGCUGCAGAAAAAGAUGGCUUCUCCUGCUGCUUGGUUUUGAAUUUGUCUGCUCCAAAUGUUCUGAUGGCCAAAGAAAUUUCACACGCUGCAAAAUAAAUCUAAAACCAG